ACCAGAUCACCGUCGACAAGCCCAGCUUGAAGCAGCCACCCUCUGGCUUCGACAGUGUCAUUGCCCGUGGCCACACAGAGCCUGGUCCUCAGAUUCACCUCCUAGAGGCAAAUACGCACAUCAAAGUUGUGGUCAGGUACGGGAAGUAGUGACUGUGUGGACGGAACAUAGGAAGCAGGUGACCCAGAUUCCAGGUACAACUCAGCUGGGUAAUCUAGAACACACUCCUUCCCUCUCUGAGCACCAGUCUCAUCCAACUAACAGAGAACUGGACCAGGGCCCUUCAAAUUCCGGCAGUAGACAAGAAGAAUUUGAUACAAAGAAGGAGCUGAACUACCAGAGGGGCUGCAGGGGCUGAGUCGCUGGUGUGGAAGAGAGAGCCACAGUCCCCGGCUUGCACCCUUCCAUGGGGCCAGGCAAGCCCCCAGAAGGAUGGCAGCCCGGGCGUCUGAGCCAGCGCCUGGGCAGCCUGUGAGCACAGGGCGAAGCCUAAGCGCUCGAAUGGCCAACGCCACAGGGCUGAGCGCCCCAGAAGUCGCAGCCUCGAUGGGACUGAUCCUGGCGGCUCUCGUGGAGGCGGCGGCACUGCUGGGCAACGGCGCGCUGCUGGUGCUGGUGUUGCGCACGCCGGGACUGCGCGACGCUCUCUACCUCGUGCACCUGUGCGUCGUGGACCUGCUGGCGGCCGCCUCCAUCAUGCCGCUGGGCCUGCUGGCCGCUCCGCCGCCGGGGCUGGGCCGCGUGCGCCUGGGCCCCGCACCCUGCCGCGCGGCGCGCUUCCUCUCGGCGGCGCUGCUGCCCGCCUGCACGCUCGGCGUGGCGGCGCUCGGCCUGGCGCGCUACCGCCUCAUAGUUCAUCCGCUGCGGCCCGGCGCGCGGCCUCCGCCCAGCCUCGUGCUCACGGCCGUGUGGGCGGCCGCCGGGCUGCUGGGCGCGCUCUCCUUGCUCGGGCCGCCGCCCGCACCGCCCCCGGCCCCGGCUCGCUGCUCGGUCCUGGCGGGGGGGCUCGGGCCCUUCCGGCCGCUCUGGGCGCUGCUGGCCUUCGCGCUGCCCGCCCUCCUGCUGCUCGGCGCCUACGGCAGCAUCUUCCUCGUAGCGCGCCGGGCCGCCCUGCGGCCCCCACGACCCGCACGCGGCUCCCGGCCGCGCUCCGACUCUCUGGACAGUCGCCUCUCCAUCUUGCCGCCCCUCCGGCCUCGCCCGCCCUGGGGCAAAGCAGCCCUGGCUCCGGCGCUGGCCGUGGGCCAGUUCGCAGCCUGCUGGCUGCCUUAUGGCUGUGCGUGCUUGGCGCCUGCUGCCCAGGCCGCAGCGGCCGAGGCGGCCGUCACCUGGAUAGCCUACUCGGCCUUCGCGGCUCACCCCUUCCUGUACGGCCUGCUGCAGCGCCCUGUACGCCGGACGCUGGGCCGCCUUGCCCGCCGAGCGCUGCCGCGGUCCCCGCGAGCCUGCGCUUCACGGGCCUGGCACCCGCGGGCCCUCCUGCAGCACCUCCGGAGACCUCCGGAGGGCCCUGCCCUUGGCCCUUCUGAGGCACCUGAUCAAGGCCGGGAUUUGACAGAAAGGGAAAGCCUGAGCAUGUCAGAGGCCACGUGAGAGAUGUCUCCCAGGUGAGCGGGACUGGAGAAAGCAGGGUGGUAUCGGAAAGGGCCCGUCCAGCCUCCAGCACAGCUUGCGCCCGGUGCCCUGCCUGGAGUUCUGACCCUGGAAUGGGAAGAAGGGGGCCUGUAGCCUGGUGAGGCCCACGUUUUUCUGGGAGCAAUCCUGAGUGCUGGGCCCAACUCUGCAUGGCCUUGUACACACACCUACCCUUCCCCAGGCCUCAGUUUUCCCAGCUGUACCCGGGACUGUGUCUAAGGGCCCCUCCAGCUUGAGUGAUCUGGAUAGAUCUGGACGCUCACAGAUGGUCCCCAGGCCAAGGAAGAAGCAGAGGUGGGCAGGAUCACAGAGAAGAGGGCCCUAAGGGCUCACAGCCAAAGGGAGUGGGCCAAGCAGGGCAGGGUCUGGGGUACAGCCACAGCAGGAAGAACGAGUGGAGGGACAUUCGGAAAGACCUCUGCGACAUAUGCACCAAGAAGAGGCUGGACAGAACUACUGAGGCUCCUCCAUCAGCUUCUAAAAAUGCCCAGAAAAAAACUGGAUCAUUUUGGUGCCAGAGACAGGAGGCUGGACAACAUGACCCCCAAAGAGCCCUAAAGCCCCAGAACUGACAUGUGGAAGGGGCUGAGACCCAGGGGGGCUGAUGGAGUCAUAGAUGGGGUCCUCUGGGGCCUCGGCUGCACCCAUAUUCUGUAGGUUUUGCCAACACCCACAAUGUUUCACAGCUUCCUGGUCUCUGAGAAUAUUUAUUCAAAAACAGGAAUUGAAAAAACUGUA